AUGAAGUCACUGCUUGGUCCCAAGAACAAGAAACGUAUGGCGCCUAUGGCCCCUGGAGCAUGGCCAUUGAUAGGCCAUUUAAGGGCCUUUGACAACGGAGAGCCGAGCCACGUUACGUUCGGGGCCAUGGCGGACGUACUCGGACCGGUGUUCAUGACCAAGCUUGGCUCUAUUAACCUCAUGAUGAUAAGCAGCCAAGAGGUUGCCAAAGAAAUCUACACUGUCCAUGACAAGGUCUUAAACCGACCAACCGUCACUGCGUCUAAGGUUCUGGGCUACAACGACUCGUUCUUGUCGUUCAGCCCUGAACGUUCUUACUGGAGAGAAAUGCGCAAGAUAUCAGUAUCGGAGAUUCUAUCCACCGCGGUCGUUGAUAUGCAGUGUAGUAGAGCCGGGGAGGUUGAAGUGACGUUGAGAGAUUUAUACCGGAAAUGGGAGCAAAAGGGUGGGCCAAAAAAUGGAGUCUUGGUGGAUAUGAGGCAAGAGUUUCAUGAUCUAAUCCAGAACAUCUCGCUGAUGAUGGUCGCGGGGAAGCGAUACUUCGGAGGAAGCCCUAACUGCGACACCGGAGAGGCGAGGAGAUGUAGGAAGCUGAUACGAGAAUUUCUUGAUUCCUUCGGGGUCUUCUUGUUUACGGAUCAUGUACCGUGCCUUGGUUGGUUGGACUGGAGGACUAAGAAGGGCAUGAAGAGAACGGCUAGUGAGUUAGAUAAAAUUGUUGAAGCUUGGGUUGAAGAACACAAGAAAAGGACGAAUUCUGGUGGUGACAUUAACAAGACUUUCUUGGGUCGACUCAUCGAGAUCUUUGAACAACACAAGAAUCAGGGUCUUGGCGAUGCUCAUACAACAACCAAGGCCCUAUGCCUCAACUUGGUAUUAUCAGGGCCAGAAGCAGCCACUGUGGUUCUAAUUUGGGCUGUUUCGCUACUCGUGAACGACCCACACGUGCUAAGCAAAGCUCAAGAAGAGCUCAACCGUAAAAUUGGCAAAGACAGAGUUGUGGAAGAAUCAGACCUUAAAGAUUUGGUGUACAUACAAGCAAUUUUGAAGGAGACAUUCCGUUUGUAUCCACCACUAACUCUCACCGGUUAUAGGGACGUGAUGGAAGAUUUCAACAUUUCCAAUGGGAACUUUCAUGUUCCUGCAGGAACACAGUUGCUCGUAAAUGCCUGGAAGAUGCAUAGGGAUCCGAAACUUUGGUCUAACCCGGAAGAGUUUGAGCCAGAGAGAUUCUUGACAUUAAACAGAGAAGUGGAUGUUAGUGGGCAGAGUUACAAGUUUUUCCCGUUUGGGUUGGGACGAAAGGCGUGCCCCGCGAUCCCCCUUGGUAUGAGGAUGGUGCAUUAUGUUCUAGCAAGGUUCUUGCACAGCUUCGAUGUGGCAAGACCAUCGAGCCAAGAGGUGGACAUGACCGGAAACAAUGGGUUGGUCAAUCUUAAAGCCACUCCUCUUGAAGUCUUCAUCACUCCUAGGCUUAAUAGAUCUCUUUACCACAUGGAAUCCGAUCAGGCUUGA